AUGAGUCAUCUUCACAACGGCUUACCUGAUGAUCCAAGUUAUUCAAUUUCUUCAAACAUCGAACACAAUAAACCGGUCGCACAUCUGACAACAGAAUCAAAUGAAUGUAAUACCGAUCAAGAUCGACCUUCGAAUAAUUCUUCACUCUUGUUCGGUGAAGUGAUGCCAGUAUCGUCGUCAACGACUGGAAGAACGACUGCAGCUAUCAUGCUAUCAUUGACCUACCCUGGCGUUGAUAUCGUCCUAUAUGAAGUCCUCAAAAAAUAA